UGGUAUCCAUAAAAUUAAAUAAAAAAAAUAAAAAUAAAUAAAAAGAUCUUUUGCUCGUACAAGACUGGCCGAUUGAACUCGCAGUUAUGAGGGACUCAUGAUCAUGAGGUGAAUAUGAUCGGAACGUGACCCCACGCCCAACUGGAAAAGCGACCAUAACAACGAAAUAGGGCCCACCCACUAUAAAAAACAAUCUGCCUCGUUCUGUGUCAAACACUCAAAACAAGACCCAAACCCACGUACAAGUUGGUUGCUCCUUAACCCAAUAUUGAAGGAAAGAGCUUGCUGUUCAUUUAUUUCAUGCAACCCACACAGUCAUCCUCGUGCUCUCUCACACAAUUGCUUUGCUGGGAUCAAAAUAAAACUCCCCCACUGUAGCAUUUACCCCAUUUCAUGAGGGUCGUGUCCCUCUUUUUAUUUCACGAUCUGCCUUUAACUACCCCAUGCGUCACCCCCACUCACUUAUAUGCAUGCACACCUUCCCAGCUCCCCCCUCCACCUCCCUAGCAUACUAACCCAGAUAUUUAUAUGAUUAUCAUUGUCAGAACCUUUACAAUUUCAUUGACAAUAUAUAGUACGUACGUUUUCCCUACCCAUUGAACUUCUGCAGUUAUUUGGGUAAUCGUUAUGGAAAUUAACUUGCUUUGUGAUGAGGAGACGUGGCUAUGCAGCCCUGUAACACCCGUUCGUCAUCAUGCAACCAAGCUUUGCAGUUUCGAGAACUACUCAUGUGGUGGUUCGUUUUUUACGACCAAGGAAGACUCUGAGCAGGCCCUUGCAAUAUACCUUGAGAAGGAGAUCAGUUUCAUACCCGCAGCUAAUUAUGUUGAGCAUCUCCGCUCGAAAAACUUGACAACUGCUAGGUUUAGAGCUACUCAAUGGCUUUUCAGGACCAGAAGUCGCUUGAAUCUCUCUUUUGGAACUGCUUUCCUUGCUGUGAAUUACCUUGAUCGAGUCCUGUCGAUGAAUCAAUGCAAUGGAUGGAAAGAAGAUUGGAUGGUUGAGUUGUUGUCGGUUGCGUGCUUUUCUGUUGCCUCCAAGUUCAGUGAAACCUGCACUCCAACCUUGCAUGAAAUUCAGAUGGAGGAUUUGGGGCAUUCAUUUCAGUCAAGCACAAUCCAGCGAAUGGAAUUGGCGCUGUUAGAGGCCCUGGGAUGGUGCCUUGGCUCUACUACGGCUUAUUCGUGCACAGAACUGUUGCUGUGGAGUAUUGACUCCUUGAAACCUCAGCUUCAUGAGGAGUGUAUUACCCAAGUCACUAAGUUGCUUGUUGCAGCUGUUUCAGAUUCAAGAUUUCUGGAGUUUAGGCCGAGUGUUGUUGCAGCAUCUGCUCUUUGUUGCAGCCUAGACGAGUUACUUCCAUCAAAAUCGGAUGCUCACCUUUCCUCUGUUACAAAACUCCUUAAUCAAGCUCAAAAGGAUGAUUUGGUCAAGUGCCAUAGGGUCAUGGAAGCUCAAAAGUAUGGUCCUCUGCACAACUUAAUACAUUAUUAUGACUGCCCUCCAAGCCCCACAACAGUACUGCAGAAGCAGCCCAUUGACAUAUAUGAGGGCCAUGUCGAUUUCUGUUUCUUGAAGAAGGCUACUGCUGGUCCAAACAGCAUUUAUCACGAAUCAAGUACGAAGAAAAGAAAGAGAGAAGAACAGUAGGUAAUUAAACACUGUUCUUAAGAAA